AUGAAGACCCCUACCCCUCGACGGCCACCCAAGGCAUCUAUCACGCCUCGGAUAGAGUUACUUGUCAGGAACCAGAUCCCCUCCUCCUCCCCUUACUCUCCUACUUCCGAUGCGCCAACGUCACACAUGUCGAUACCCAUUACGUUGGAGGGCUACUACGGCGAGGGGUACGAGCAAGCCGAGAGGAUAUUUCGGCAGAGUGAGCCCGAUAAUUACAAGGAUGAGACCGAAUCUGUCGAAUGGCUUGAUCGUGCUCUUGGUGAGAAGGUUGAUGAGUUGACAGGGAGGACACGGGUCUUCUAUGAGGCUGCCUUGAUCGACGGCGAGACCAUCAAGGUGGGAGAGUAUGUGUUCAUCAGGGAGGGUUUUGAGGACGACGGUAAAGCCGAGGAUGAAAAUACCAUGAGCAGUGAUAUGAAGAUUGGCGAUGACGGAGUCCUGCAUCGACCCAGACGAAAUGUCCGCAGAAACCGCGGCGGCAAGAGUCUCUAUCGGGAAGACGACGAUGACAAUACUUUGGAAGGGUCGGACGAUGGAUUCGGUGGAAAACUUGAAGCCAAGGGAACCUGGUUCGGCCAGGUGAUGUACUUUUACGAGGAGGAGGAGGAGGACGACCUCAAGCACAUGAGGGCCCAUGUACGAUACUUCUCGCCAGGGCAGCAAACCAUUCUGAUGGAGCAGUCGAGCUGGCAGGAGCUCUUCUUGCUGGACAACUGUGACAGGGUCGACUUGGAGUCUGUGAUGGGCAAGUUUAGGCUCCGGCGGAUCACGUCCACCGCGCAACUGAAGGAGGAGGAUACGUACUUCUACCGAUAUUUGUACGAUCCCAAGUUUUGCGCCUUCGAGGAUGCGGCCAAAUGCGAGAGUGGUGAACCACAAGACCCUCUUCAGCCAUGCAUCUGCUGUGAUCUCAAGCAACGCAAGGCCGUCAACGACAAGAACAACUCAUACCACCUCCACGACUUUGUGUAUUUGGUGGACAGUGGAUCAGAGGAGUACAAGCCACUAGGCAUCGGACAAAUCACCAAGUUACACUUGGACUCCAGCUCUUGCUCCAAAGACGCGAUCAGAAAGGCGACAGUCAGACUCCUUUUACGACAUGACGACUUUCUGGACAAGAACCCACCUAUGUCAGAACGCCACAAACGUCUUCAGCAAUAUAUCUUCAAGGACUGUAGGCGUUUAGUGUUGACGGAUGUAGAGAAGGAGAUGCCACUCGAGGACUUGGAAGCGACGUGCCGAGUCUGCUUCGUUCCCGAAGUGAAGGAGACAGAAGAACGAAGUGGUGCAUUCCAACGCCGGUCGUGCGCUGAAGAACAGGAGAGCAACUCGUAUAAGGACCAACAAGACAGCUUCUGGUUCAUGGAUUACUACUUCGUGCCAGCACAGGACUCAGGAAAGGUGGAUAUGAGAAAGAGCACUCUACGAGCAUCCCGUGAGCGGCUGUACCGGAUAUACGAUGAAAAGGGGAACACUGAUGGCCUGCACAUCCUGGUGAAGGUGCCUCAGGAUUGUCUUGCGUGUGAGAAGCGAUGGAUUCAAAAGGAAGCCAAAAGGAACCGACUCUGCAAGGCUGGGCCAAAACUCCGUGCUAUGGACAUUUUCGCGGGCUGUGGAGGAAUGAGUCUUGGGUUAAAACAGUCCGGGAUCGUUGAAACCAAGUACUCCGUCGAACUUGACCAAGAUGCUGCGGCCACUUUCAGUUACAACUUUCCUAGUGUCGCUGUGCGUAACCGUGAUGCAGGCUUACUACUUGAGCAGGCUAUCUUCCAGACGCAAGAAGGAGGCGAGGGUCAGACCGCGAGACUCGGCAAAAACAGGAUGGCAUCCCAAGGAUUUACGUAUGCCACUGGGAGAUCGAAUCGGCAUGACCCCAAGAACUCACUUGUGGCGACAGCGAUGGCAUACGUCGACUUUUAUCGACCACGCUACCUCCUGCUGGAGAAUGUGAAGGGAUUUACUGAGAUCGGCGACAAGGCGGCAGUGGACAAGAAGGCAUUUGUCAAGUAUCAGUGUAGGAUAGCAAUGUUGCAAGCUGGCCACUUUGGAGUUCCGCAAAGUCGCUACAGAUUCUUCGUAUGGGCUGCCAAGCUUGGGUACCAAGCUCCCGAUCCUACGGUCACCGUUCGUGACGCACUCUCGGAUCUGCCUGGGUUUGAAUAUAUUCACCCUGACGACGUUGACAAGGAGACAGGAAGCGUCAAAAUCAAUAGGGCAGGCAGCUUUGUGCGGAUCAACUCUCUUGAGAAGGGUAGCAACAGGAUAGGGUCCAAGGAAUGGGUGAACGAGACGGAUAAAAGACUUCGUAGUGAAGAUAGGGCUCAGCUCAGGAAAAUCACAAGGUACCGCACGGGACCACAAUGUGAAUAUCAGAGGACACUGAGGUACCAAGUCUCCGGGAACGACCGAAUCAGGAACCACAUCACCGAGCUUCCUCAGCCCACAACUGUCAAGAGCAUUUACAAAUUUGACAUGGCGCCCAAAGCGCGACUCGGAGGCAAGGGGUCAAGGCUGGACUUUGGUGGCUUCUUUAAUACGGUAACCAGUUCAGCGGAUCCAAUGGGUAGUCCUGGAAUAGUUCAUCCCAACCAACAUCGUGUCACGACCAUCCGUGAGCGGGCGCGCGCCCAGGGGUUUCCCGACACAUUCAUCUUUCCGGCAGACCAGUCGCCACUGAAGUGGCGGAAGCAAAUAGGAAACGCUGUGCCACCCCCUCUAGCUGCAGCACUGGGAGUCCAGCAGCGGCAGGUGACCUACAGAGAUAGAUCAGACUCAACGGUCCCUACCAAAGCAUUGGAAAAGAACGUUUUCGACAACAAUGCGUUCCUGUUCGCCCAGAGCUUGCUGACGUACCUGAAAAGCCCAGCCGAGUACUUGCGACUGCACGAGCACCGUCAGAUCGAGACUCUAAUUGAAACCAUCGUAUCCGCACUCUCAACCCACCUCGACCCGCCAGAGUUCAUUAUCAAUGCCUUGAUCACAGUUGGGACAGUUGCAGGACUCAAGAAUUUCGAUCCGGAAUUCGAACUGCUGGUGUCGGCGCUGCUGGCUGAGUCCUUUCGACGUUUUCUGACAUGGCAGCGGGACGUAGUCGAGGAGCACGCGAACAAUUCUUCUGAAUCUUCACCCCUGGAAUAUCAAGGCGAUGGCGACGACGACGAAGACGACAAAGAUUACGGUUCUGGGAGCGACGAUACAUCGGUGUCUGCUGCUGUCGAGGAGAAUCAGCUGGAUCUGAUUGUGUUGGAUGACGACGAGGAGUGCAUAGGACACGAUUCCUUAUGGGCAAGGUCUCCGCAUGCGAAUAUCGAGCCAUUGGUCAGCACUCUAUCAACCGCUUUGGACGAAUCGACGGCUAUACCUGAGAUCGAUGGGACCAAAGUCUUGAAGCCCUCGGUAUUGGAUCUGAUCGACUUUUCGUCUUGGGAUCGGUUGGAGACUCCACUUAUGACCGGUUCGAUAGACAACUCCGUUGACAGCAAAGGGUGGCAAAUCUUGGAGGCAACGACAGAGUCUACCCCAACACCAACAUGCACUCCUAUGGACGACGACGACAACGCGGUGGGAUCGGUUGGAGGACUCUUGGAUAUCAAUCUGAAGCAGCUCGGUGGAAUGAACUCUUUGCUCAAGGAGGAUGUUCACGAAGAGAAGAAACCUGCUCGGACCGAAAUUGCAGAACUCAUCCACAUCUUCGACAGCCACCUUCAAACAGAUUAUCAGGACACAUCUGACGGAGACGGAGACGGAGACUGCAGUGCGCUGGACCGAGGUGAAGCGGAUGACGAGAAGGAGGAUGACAGUGGACAGGAAGAGGACGACGCUGAGGAGGACGACGACAUUGAUGGCCCGAUCCAACCCCACCAUCGACAAAAGCUCAAAGAAGAGAUCUCGAGUGGCAAGAGCUCCCUUCAAGUGUUUGUGGCGCUGGAUCUCAUGGACAUGCACAAGACUCUUCGACAACAGGCGCCACCAAAGGAGGAUAAUCGCGGGUCGAUCGACACCUAUGGCACCCUUCUUGCUCACCAAUUACUCCAGAAGGGUCGAUACCGCGAGUGCAUUGUUGUCCUUUCCAAGGACAUUGGUCCUUCCAUCGGAGUUGAGCAGGCGUUGCUCUCACGACUUUUGGAACUGGGCGAGGAGGGUAUCAUUUCCGCGUACAUCGAGAACGAUCUUGAACGGUGCCGCAAGGUUCUGUUGCACAUCAACCACCAACUUUCGUUCCAGUUUUAUUACUGGGGACUCGCUACCACAGACAUGAGUCAGUCAGAUCCUCCAGAGUAUGCAGAGGUUCCGCCUAUUCGGGGCGCAGGAAGAGCCAGAGUCCAGACUCGACUAGUGGAGACGGCGAUGGGACUGAUCAUGUUCUUUGACCUGGAAGAGGAUCAGCCCUCGUACAAGUUUCUGGAUAUGUUUGUGCGGUUUUGCACGGUCUCCACACUCUUGAGCCAGUCAUCUCCGUCUACCAGUAGUCUUCCUUCCAGCGACCCGACGCAAAGACUUAGUAAUAUUGCGGCGCAACUGGGAGGUGGGGUUUCUGGUGGUAAAGGUAGAGAGUACUUGCUGACGACGGCUUGGAGGCAUGUCCCGUUGGUAUUGGAGUUGACCAGAGGAUCUGUGACUCUACAGCGGAUAACGAUUCAGCAUUGCAUCGAGAGGCGAGAUUUGAUCACGGCAAAGUUUUUGGCCAGCAAGCUUGAUAUCAUGGAGUACUACUUGGAGAUUGCCGAGUCUGACGGUAGAGCUUCUUCGAUCCCUGCGGCCGUGAAGGCCACCCAUCCGGGUGCACCUCUUUCGGAAGCCGCCCUGGCCGCGGCAACAGCUCCUGGUUCAGUGUCGCUAUAUCGGUUGCCGAGCGAAACGAAGGUCUUUUUUGUCCGACAGGCGCACCAACUCGAGAGCAUGUCGGCAGUUUUGGAGAGAUCUCGCGUUGUGGGGAUGGAUACAGAGUGGCUGCCCAACAUCCCAGAGUUUCGGGAUCUACAAAAGAAGGAACCUCGGACGGCGAUCAUUCAAUUGGCCAGCGAUGUUGACGCGAUGGUGUAUGUGGUUGACGUGAUCGCAUUCUUGGGGGGUUUCGAUGGUGGCCGGAGGCUGGUCCAGGUCCUGGGGUCUAUCUUCCGCAACCCCAAUAUCCUCAAACUUGCGUUUGACUGGGAUGGAGAUCAGGAUAUGCUAGAGGGGACGUUCUCGGAAUUGCACCAACAACACAACCGGUUGCAAAAUUUUGUUGAUCUGAAGUUUCUUUGGUUCAAGAUUCGAGACAACAACAACAAUAGCGCCGACAAAUCCAGCAGCAAAAACCACAACAGCAGCAAAAACCACAACAGCGCAACUGCAAGAGGUCACGGAGGGAAUGCACCGGUGUCGAUGACAGGGAUGCUGGAAGCGUGGAGCUCGUUGGCUCCGAGUUUGCCAGGCAUGUACUCGAUUCCCGGAGGGUUGUCGGGUCUAUUGGCAAGACUGUGCGGACACAAACUAGACAAGUCAGAACAGUGCAGUCAAUGGGAGCAGCGGCCCCUCACCACUUCCCAGCUGACAUAUGCAGCGUCGGAUGCAAAGUGUUUGCUAGAGAUUUACGCGGCGCUGAUGACUAUCGAGCAAGUUUAG